CUCAACUCAAGGCCAGCCACCCGUGUUCCUCGGCCUCCGCGCUAUGGGUCCCGCCGUCUCCGUCUCUGGGCUCUUCACGCGCUGCUCCAGCUCCAGCUCCAGCUCCAGCUCCAACCCAGCGGCCUCCCGGCUUCAGGCGCCGCCAUCGCUGCUGUUUGUUUUCAUCCGCUUCGCAGGAGGAGGGGGAGGGGGAGACCGAGGAAAAGUCCGAGGUUUAUCCACAAUCGCACUUUCGCUUCUCGCCACACGUCCUCCAGUCGUCCUCUAGUGGCUAGGAAUCCCUUUAAAGUCCAAUGUUCCUCCGCCGCAAGUCUUCCUUGGCCAAUGGUCAAACUCCAAGCGGGGCGGAAAACGGAGAAGCAAGGCUUAGGAGAAACGAAAGUGGAACCGGGUCUGUGUAGAAUCUGUUAUGAAGAAACUAAAGGCUAAAGUUUGCUGUUAGGAGCAGGAGGCGGGGUAGCCUGAGCGGGCGAUUCUGCGCAGGAGUUGGCAUGACUCUACUGGGGACGUCGCUCCACCGCCCCCGGGCGGCGGGUCGGAUGCGCUGUGAGCCAAAGCCAGAGUUGCACGGAACACAGCAUGGCUGAUUCGCUAAGGGGAUGGCGUAGGUCUGAGUUCUUGGGCAGCUGCGCUACGUAGACGGCGUAGUCUUGCACUCGCGGGCGGAUACGCUGCGGAAACGGCGCAGCUUUGGACUCGCGAGGUGGCGCAGGCCUGGGCUCCUUGACGGUUACGCUGAGUUGUUCGUGCAGUGAACCCAGCCCGGGGUCAGCGUCGGCGGCCGCGUCCUGGUACCCGGGCGGAGGUAUCGCCGCGGGCCUUGCAGGGCAGUUGGCGCUCGCUGUCGCCGGUCGUUGCUCGGCGGGGGGCUGGCACGGAGUAAGGAGCCUCCCUUUCGGCUGGGAGUGAGGUUGGGCGUAGACUUGAAUUCAGAGUGUUCCCCGUGGGCUUUUUGCUGUCCUGUGAAUGUUGAUGGCCCACUGAUGUCAGCAUGGCUAUCCCAAUAACAGUUCUGGACUGUGACCUCCUGCUUUAUGGUCGAGGUCACCGAACAUUGGACCGCUUUAAGCUGGAUGAUGUGACUGAUGAAUACCUUAUGGCCAUGUAUGGGUUUCCACGACAGUUCAUUUACUACUUGGUGGAUCUCCUGGGAGCAAGUCUUUCUCGACCCACUCAACGGUCCAGGGCCAUCAGCCCAGAGACCCAGAUCCUUGCAGCUCUGGGCUUUUACACUUCUGGCUCCUUCCAGACCCGGAUGGGAGACACCAUUGGAAUCAGCCAAGCCUCAAUGAGCCGCUGUGUUGCCAAUGUCACUGAAGCUUUGGUGGAAAGGGCCUCCCAAUUCAUCCACUUCCCGACAGAUGAAACAUCCAUUCAGAAUCUGAAAGACGAAUUCUAUGGACUUGCAGGAAUGCCAGGGGUGAUUGGAGUAGUCGACUGUAUCCACGUAGGGAUCAAGGCUCCCAAUGCUGAAGAUCUCUCCUAUGUGAACAGGAAGGGUCUACACUCUUUAAACUGUCUGAUGGUGUGUGACAUUCGGGGGUCCCUGCUCAACGUGGAGACAAACUGGCCAGGCAGUCUGCAGGACUGGGCUGUGGUGCAGCAGUCAGCCUUAAGGAGUCAGUUUGAAGCAGGGAUGCACAAAGACUGUUGGCUCCUAGGUGAUGGCUCCUUCUUUCUUCGCACCUGGCUCAUGACCCCACUCCAUAUUCCGGGAACCCCUGCAGAAUAUCGCUAUAAUAUGGCUCAUUCAGCAACUCAUAAUGUAAUCGAGAAGACAUUUAGGACCAUCCAGUCAAGAUUCCGCUGCCUGGAUGGAUCCAAGGGAGCCCUGCAGUACUCUCCAGAAAAAUCCAGUCACAUCAUCUUAGCUUGCUGUGUGCUCCACAACAUUUCCCUGGAACACGGAAUGGAUGUGUGGUCUUCUCCAGGAACAGGACAUAUGGAGCAGCCGGAAGAAGAAUGUGAGCACAUGGAGGCCUUGGACUCAGAAGCUGACCGUGUUCGCCAGGAGCUGGUGCUCACUCACUUUAGCUAAUCAGGAGUGGAGGAGCGGGCCGUCCAGCAGGAGCUCUAAAAAGCUUGCCCGUGGCACAUGGCCACUUCCACUAGUGUGAGGACACUUCUUAUUGAAUGUCUGUGUGUUAGGGGAUGCUGGGCCUUUGCCAGGAUAUUAGUUUUUCUGCAAAUUUAGUAACUAAAUCAAGACCACAGUUCUAGACAUUCUGGUGAACCCCAGGUUGAAAUCCAUUCAUUUAAAAACCAAAUGGUAGGCAAAAGCUAACAUUUAUAUACAGAGUAAAAGGGGAAGCUAUAACAGUUCAGUUCAAACCAAAAUGCCACUUGUGCACCAUUUAUCAGUAUUUUUCUAAUAAAAGUGAAUUUUCUUGUCUUAAAUUAUCAACAUAGUAUUUCUACUUUUUACCUUCAAUUAGACACAACCUGAAAUAAAUAUGUAGAAUAAUUUUGACCAAGGAACGAUCUGCUAGAAGUUCCCAAUUAUUAAUUCAACCUUUAUGUACGCAAAGGAAUUUUGCCAACAAGGGUCAUUACAGACUGAUAAGCAGUUUGUACCUUCCAACUACAAUUUUGAAGCAAAUCAUCAGAUCUGGAUCAAAUCUCUGUGGAUGAAAUUGUUGUUCCUCCAUUCCUCUUCCUUUAUGAGGAGCAUUAGAAUAGGAGGUAGAAUUUAGGGAUGGGUCUGAGAGCUAAAUCAGCAACGGAGGAUGUUUGAUCAAAGGAGGACUUUGCCAUUUUGUCCUUUCUUUCUAAAGAAAACUCAGAGCAAUUUCCUUUGUAGUAGUCUCAAAAUUACUAAUAAGGAAACAAGUUUUCUCAUGUUUAAACUCUCAUGAGUGGAACAAGUUGUUAUAGGGUGAUACCAAGAUGAGGCUUGGCCUCUCCCAUCUCUAGCUCCCUAAUACAGAAUGCAAGAGAUGAGAUGGUGAAAAGGUUAAACAAGGAAACUCGUUUCCUAGUAUAGGUUCUGGAAGUGCCUGGCCUCUCCCAAUGGCAGGGUCAGGGUUGGGAUUAAAAUUCUAUUUGGGAACACCCAAUGAUGCACAAAUUUCCCAGGCAAUAAACAAUCCUUAACUGGGUUCCUGCUCUAAAAUUAUACUGAUUUAAAAAUAACAUGAUUGGAAUAACAAAUGUGUGAAUUAGGUUCACACAUUUAUGUUUUCACUGGGACCAAAAGGAGCCUUGCCUCAGAAUUCUCUUACUCCCAGAGCCUCAGCAGUUACCCAUGUGCUGUCUCUGACCUGCCCCUCCGGUCUGCUCCUAUCUGUUGUCAGGAGUGUUAGUCUGGUGACUGUCAAAGCAAAGAAAUAAACAGUUGAUUCCAGAAAGGGAACUAAGUGGAGUUGACUCAUUCCUAGAUUAAAAACAAUUAUGGAUUAUUAUUAGAUGCCAAUUUCUAAUCUGAAUGCCAUCAAAUGCCAUUCCCGUCGCCCUAAUUCCUGCUCUGCAGAGAAUGGUCUGGAUGAGGUUGGGCAUAAUGUGUACAAGGUCACGAGUAUGGUGAUGUCAUUGAGGUGGGGUGAAUAAAGGAGGAGGAGGCCGAGUUUCAGCUCUAUCCUCAUUGUGCAAUAAUAUUGUCCUAGUUCAUUUUUUCCUUUGUAAAGUUUAACUGGUGUCCCUGGCCAGUUCUGGCUCUCACACUUUUCAGCUCUCAUCUUAAUGUUCUUUGUUCCUUCAGGAUGUUUUAUUUCCUGCCUCUGGGUUUGACUAUUAUGAUCUCUUGCAUCAAAGAAAGUUGGUAUUACUGAUGCCAUAAGGAACAAAGUGGGAGUUUCCAUGAAAGAAUCUUUUAAAGCAAAUUAAGACUUUCCUAACCAAACUUUAGAUUGUAACAAAGUAAGCUUUGUAGUAAGUAGGAAAGAAGAUCUUAGACAGAUUUCUUUUAAAUAAAAUAGCUCCAGGCAAUAUCUGGUUGUUCCCCAGACUUUGGAUUGCUUUUCUUCCAUUCCAACUAUUGAUUUCUGGCUUCCUUUAAGUCCUGGCUCAAAUUCUACCUACUACAUGAAGCAUUUCUCAACCCCACUUAAUUGUAGUGCCUUCCCUCUGUUAAUUUUUCCUAUUUAUCCUGUAGAUAGCUUGCUUUGUGGUUGGUUUAUCCAUUGUCUUUCCCAUUAGACUGUAGAUUCCUUGAGGGUCUCUUUUUGUAUCUCCAGCAUUUAGCUGGGUGCCUAGCCAGAUAGUGUUUAUUGAUCACUUGAUUAAAUACACUGAUCUGAUUUGGAAGGGACUUAGAGAUCUCUUUAUUUUAUAGGUAAAAGUGAGUCUUUGAGUAACUCUGAUUUAUCCAAAGUAACAAAGUCUACAGGUAGUAGCAAAUAGAACCAUUAUUUGAAUUAAAGCAUCUUAUCCCAGCUCCAGUGCCCUUUCAGGUGAUCAAUAAACUAGGCCGAGUGCUAGGGAUAACCUAGCCUCAAGAAGCCAUGGUUUUUUUUUUUUACUAACAUUUAUCUUCCCCAAGAAUUCUGAGGUCCUAAUGUGUAAUUUUCAGCCCCUUCUGAAUUACUGAUUAGGGUGUAGAGGUGCCACCCUGAGAAUUUCUCAAGAGGUACAGGCCUUUGUGUUCAAAUAGUUGAGGUAAAGAGGCCCAUAAGAGUUGGGGGUGGGGGUGACUAGGCUUCUGGAAAAUUUGCCAAGAGUGUCAGCCAAAGCUAAUGAACUCUGCUUCCUUCAGCAGGGAAACUCCCAGCCUAUAAUGGAGUGGAAGAAUAAUAACCUUGAAACGGGACAACCUGAUUUUACACUGAAGGAAAGCAAAAGGCUAGCUUUCUGUAGACUGACUGGCCAACCCUGAAAGCAAAUAAAUGAUCCUGGAAUAAUUACACAACUUGAAGGAUAACUGGGGAUUGCCUGACAAACAUGCCUUUUUUGUGGUUUUCUUGGUUUGUUGGACUAUGAACAAAAAUUCUAAAAGACUGGACCUAAUGAGAAAGGUUGGAGUAGAUGCUCUGAGGUGCCAGGCUCCCUCCACCUUAACAACCUUUGCUUCAUGGUUGGGACCAGGGGGGAUAUACUAUUUUGUAUUCUGAUUUUUUUCAUUGACCACUAUUUCAUAUACAUGUUUCCAUCGAUGGUUCUAUCGAUGCAUCUAUUUGUUAUUUUUGAAGUGUGUGUGUACGUGUGUGUACAUGUGUGUGCACACCCACCCACCUAGAAUGGCCAUUAAGACAGCCUACUUUGCUUAACUCUUUCCCUAUCAUUCCUCUGCGUGGUUGGUUGUCAUUUUUUCCAUUGUUAUUGUCAUCCGAAGGCCAUGUGCUAAUGGCUUCCCCCUCCUUGGCGCUUAAGCUCCAUCAUUGGUCUGUUGCCCCAAUCCGUCCUGCAAGUGAUAAUUAGGGGCUUAAUGUUUGUGGACUAGCUGUUACAUACCUGGAUGUGUUCUGAGCCGGCCGCUGUAUGGAAGUAUACCUGACACUACACAGAAGAUAACUGGCAUCAAAAUAAAGCAUACCUCUGAUCCUAAGCA